GUACAAUACAGGUGUUGCGUAGCCACAAUGCUCGCCACCUUUGCCACAUGAGGCAGCCCUUCCGUUGUCUUUCUUGACCUGACACUCUCCCCAACGGGUAUAUUUGAUUCGCUUCCUAUCUUCAUCAUCACACAACAAGCGCCUAUUUCCUUCGAGUCUAUUUAUUAGUUCCAACCAAAUCAGGAGCCACUUUAAAUCACCCCACCCGGCCAAAUCAUCACUGUAUUAAGCUCAAGCAGUAUCUCCACCUCUGACACUCGAGUCGAUUGAGUUAACAACAACCCCUUCCAAACCCCAAAACACAUCACCAAGAUGUCUUCUUCCGACACCACCACCUCCAACAUCCCCAACGCCUCCAUGCCCGCUCAGGACAAGAAGGAGCAUGAGCAUGAGUCUUCCUCCCACCAAAGGCCCACCGGCGCUGGAGUGAACACCGGAGCAGGCAGCAGCAGGCCCAAGACCGAGGCUGAGUUGGAAGCUGAUCGGCUUUAUGAGGAGAGGAUGGAGGAGGAGUAUGCCAAGCGGGACGGAGGUGCUUGAUCGAGCUGACGAGGGUGGCUUGAAGGGAAUUGGGUUCUCUCUGCCCGUUCUUGUUUGAUACCUCUUGUGCUUGACGACUUCAUUGGGCUUUGGGUGUAUUCUCUCAGGGAGAGGGGAACUCCGAUUGCUGGUUUAUGUGUGAACGCCAAGGAACAGGAGGGAAGUGGGAUGGCUCCGAGAGACUCUGGAACCUGAUGGUGUAGGAAAUUAAGAAGAGGAUCUGGGACCGAAGGAAUUGGAGAAGGAGGGUAACUUGUAAGAUAUAGUUUUGGGAAGGUUAACAGAUGUCCGAAAGGCUCCCCUCUGUAGCAUGGUUUGAAUUUGGCCUUGACCACCACCAAUGACCAUCACUAAUGUAUUAUUGCGUG